CAGUAACUUCACUGAAAGGUAGAUGCGCUUGGGGUUGUUUUUUGCCAUCUCAAACUUUAUUUUGUGACUCCCUCUAGACCAGGAAAAUGUAUGCAGCUAUUACGCUCUUCGUCUUCAUGUGCUUGGCCGCCACCACCCAUGCAGAACACCAUCAGCCUUGUCAUUCACCCAAUAUGACAGGACUCAUGACUGUGAUAUCCCUGAAGAGUGGAGUGACAUCGCUUGGUGCAUUCACUUACGAUUCUAUGGGCAAGAAACUACGGUUCAGAUCAAACGACAGCUUCCCUGCGAACACAUCACUCAGUCUGGAUCUGCUGAUGUUUUUCGAUGAGGGGAUAUUCUACGAGAUUGACAGCAAAAACCAGAGCUGUGAGAAAAAAGCAUUGCAAUGCACCCAGCACCCUUUAGAUAUCCCCGAUGAUGCAAAGUUCAUGGCUAUUGUAAGCAGUGGGAAUCCAUCCAUUGAAGGGGAGGGAUUAAAAGUCAAUGUAUGGACAGGACCAAUGACAGGCAUGAAAGGCAAGUACUCCAUGUCUGUAACCAUGGGGUGUUUGCCAGUGUGCACGUUCUACUUCCAUGACACCUCAUCAUUCAUAGUCAGCCUCAUGGAUGUUGAGCUCGAGAUCAAGGAUCCUGAUCUCCUGGCGGUGCCUUCCUUUUGUCUGGGCCAGCCUUUGGAGGAGACACCUGAAGGAACAGUCCACAGCUUCCUCAACGAGUUCAUGUAGAUGAAACCUCGCUGGCAGAAAAAUCCAACCCCUAUCCAAGUGUGGCUUGCCAGAACUUUAGACUUUUCUCUGCUUUUUAUGUGUGACUCGAGUUUUUCGUGUGACACAGUCUGCACUACAUCACAUCUGUUUCCAUCACAUACUGUAUGAAGAUAUGGCUUUGAAUGGAUCACCCUGUAUACAUACACUUUGAUGUAAAAGAAAGAGGCAUGGAUUAUAGAAUUAGUCAUAAUUACUAACAGUUUGGUGGCUUUUCAAGUUGGUACUGCUUACAAAACCUGUAAGAUAUAAUUAAUGGAACAAUAAAAUGUCAAAGCUGUC